GGGGGCGUGGUCCGCGGGGGAGACGCUGGCAGAUGACAUCUGGCGGCGGGGAGGCUCGGCAGCAUGGCGUUUGUGGCGCUGAGUGAGGCGGAGAAGGUGUACAUUGUGCAUGGCGUUCAGGAAGACCUCCGCAUGGAUGGCCGUGGCUGUGAAGACUACCGAUGUGUUGAAGUGGAAACUGACGUGGUGUCCAACACCAGUGGGUCUGCCAGAGUCAAGUUGGGUCACACAGACAUUUUGGUGGGAGUGAAAGCAGAAAUGGGGACGCCGAAGCUGGAGAAGCCAAAUGAAGGUUACCUGGAGUUCUUUGUUGACUGUUCAGCCAACGCUGCCCCUGAAUUUGAAGGUCGGGGAGGUGAUGACCUUGGCACAGAGAUUGCUAACACCCUCUACCGGAUAUUUAACAACAAGAGCAGCGUCGACCUGAAGUCCCUGUGCAUUAAUCCUCGGGAGCACUGCUGGAUUCUCUACGUGGAUGUGCUACUGCUGGAAUGUGGUGGAAAUUUGUUUGAUGCCAUCUCCAUUGCUGUAAAGGCUGCGCUCUUCAAUACAAGGAUACCAAGAGUUCGUGUUCUGGAAGAUGAAGAGGGCUUGAAGGACAUUGAACUGUCCGACGACCCCUAUGACUGCAUCCAGCUAAGUGUGGAGAACGUCCCCUGUAUCGUCACCCUGUGCAAAAUCGGCUAUCGGCACGUGGUGGAUGCUACUCUUCAGGAGGAGGCCUGCUCCUUGGCCAGCCUGCUGGUGUCCGUGACCAGCAAGGGAGUCGUGACAUGCAUGAGGAAAGCGGGAAAGGGCAGCCUGGACCCAGAGAGCAUCUUCGAGAUGAUGGAGACCAGCAAGCGCGUGGGCAAGGUGCUGCACACCUCCCUGCAGAGCGUUCUACACAAGGAGGAAAGCCUGGGGCCCAAGAGACAGAAAGUUGGAUUCCUGGGAUGAUUUGCACAUCAACCCCCAACUGCCACGUGUUUGUUUUCUACUUUUCCUUUUAAGCUGAAGUCUGUAUACAUUUUUCUUAACUAUUAUGAAUUUAAGGCAACAUUUGUACAUGUAAAAUUAAAGUCUGGGGGCUUCCCUGGUGGCGCAGUGGUUGAGAAUCUGCCUGCCAAUGCAGGGGACACGGGUUCGAGCCCUGGUCUGGGAAGAUCCCACAUGCCGCGGAGCAACUGGGCCCGUGAGCCACAAUUACUGAGCCUGCGCGUCUGGAGCCUGUGCUCCGCAACAGGAGAGGCCGCGAUGGUGAGGGGUCCGCGCACCGCGAUGAAGAGUGGCCCCCGCUUGCCACAACUAGAGAAAGCCCUCACACAAAAACGAAGACUCAACACAGCCAUAAAUAAAUAAAUAAAUAAAUUUUAAAAAAAUU